AUGGGCGAAUACUCGAAAGCACUUUCAUCGUAUGAACGAUCACUUGAAAUCCGAAAAAUAGCUCUCCCUCCAAAUCAUCCCGACUUCGCUCAAUCCUACAACAACAUCGGUUCGGUGUAUUAUAACAUGGGCGAGUACUCGAAAGCACUUUCAUCGCACGAACGAUCACUUGAAAUAAAAAAAAUAACUGUCCCUCCAAAUCAUCCCGACUUCGCUCAAUCCUACAACAACAUCGGUUCAGUGUAUUAUAACAUGGGCGAGUACUCGAAAGCACUUUCAUCGUACGAACGAUCACUUGAAAUCCAAAAAAUAGCUCUCCCUCCAAAUCAUCCCGACUUCUCUCAAUCCUACAACAACAUCGGUUCAGUGUAUUAUAACAUGGGCGAGUACUCGAAAGCACUUUCAUUGUACGAACGAUCACUUGAAAUAAAAAAAAUAGCUCUCCCUCCAAAUCAUCCCGACUUGGCUGCUCCCUACAACAACAUCGGUUCGGUGUAUAAUAAGAUGGGUGAGUACUCGAAAGCACUUUCAUCGCACGAACGAUCACUUGAAAUCAACAAAAUAGCUCUCCCUCCGAAUCAUCCCGACUUGGCUGGUUCCUACCUCAACAUCGGUUCGGUGUAUGGUAUUAUGGGCGAGUACUCGAAAGCACUUUCAUCGUACGAACGAUCACUUGAAAUCCGAAAAAUAGCUCUCCCUCCGAAUCAUCCCGACUUGGCUUCUUCCUACCAAGGUAUCGCUUUGGUGUAUGCUAACAUGGGCGAGUACUCGAACGCACUUUCAUCGUAUGAACGAUCACUUGAAAUCCGAACAAUAGCUCUCCCUCCGAAUCAUCUCGACUUGGCUGGUUCCUACCAAGGUAUCGCUUUGGUGUAUAAUAAGAUGGCCGAGUACUCCAAAGCACUUUCAUCGCACGAACGAUCACUUGAAAUCCAAAAAAUAGCUCUCCCUCCAAAUCAUCCCGACUUGGCUGCUUCCUAUAACGACAUCGGUUUCGUGUAUUAUAACAUGGGCGAGCACUCGAAAGCACUUACAUAUUAUGAAAAGGCGGAAGACAUAUGGAAAAAAUCACUACCUUCAAAUCAUCCACAUAUUGCACUUGUGAAAAGAAACAUUGACAAUGUAAAAAAGAAAAUGUAA